AUGCCUGCAGGCGUGCUUCCCACCCAGGGAACGAGCGACCUUUCUAGGAUCGAGGCGCCCGUCACCUUCAAGGCUUACUUGAUAUGCGCAUUCGCAGCUUUUGGUGGCAUCUUCUUCGGUUAUGACAUCGGAUGGAUGUCUGGUGUUCUCGGCAUGCCGUACUAUAUCGAGAUGUAUACAGGACUCAAAUACGACUGGGAAUUGAUGAAACCUGCCGACCCUGAUAUUGAGUUCUCUCUCUCGGCCCAUGAUAAGUCUCUCAUGACAUCUAUUCUCUCGCUGGGAACAUUCUUGGGUGCCAUUGUGGCUGGAGACUGUGCCGAUUUCAUCGGGCGCCGUCUGACCAUUAUCGCCGGUUGCAUAAUUUUCUGCGGCGGAUGUGUCCUUCAGGUCGCCAGUACAGACCAACUGGUCCUGAUGGUCAUGGGCCGCCUGAUUGCAGGUCUUGGUGUGGGUUUCAACUCCGCUGUUGUUAUCCUCUACAUGGCGGAAAUCGCUCCUCGAAAAGUGCGUGGUGCGUUGGUCGCCGGAUAUCAGAUGUGCAUAACGAUCGGCCUCCUGCUCGCCAACUGCGUUGUCUAUGCUACGCAAAAUCGCAAUGAUACUGGAUCGUACCGGAUCCCGGUCGCCAUACAGUUUCUCUGGGCGAUCAUUCUCGCCGUCGGGCUGUUUUUGCUUCCUGAGUCGCCCCGUUACUGUGUGAAGAAAGGCCGGAUUGACCAGGCAACCAAAGCCCUUUCGACCCUUCGAGGCCAACCAGUAGAAUCGGAGUAUAUCAAGGGUGAACUGGCUGAAAUCAUUGCCAACCUCGAGAUCGAAAUGCAUCUCAUUCCUGAUCAAGGUUAUCUGCAAUCAUGGGUUGCUUGCUUCAAGGGCUCCUGGAGGAAGCCUAGCUCCAAUAUUCGACGCACCAUUCUUGGAAUGGGCGUUCAGAUGACGCAACAACUUGCUGGCGUGAAUUUCAUCUUUUAUUUCGGCACAACCUUCUUCCAGCAGCUGAAGACUAUCGACAACCCCUUCUUCAUUUCGCUGAUCACCUCUCUCGUAAAUGUGGUUGCUACGCCCAUUUCCUUCUGGACCAUCGAGCGAUUUGGUCGUCGAGUCCUACUUAUCUACGGAGCGAUAGGAAUGGCACUCAUGCAAUGGGUCAUUGCUGCUAUCGGGAUAUCAGCUGGCCGAGCGGAGGCGCAUAACCCAGCCGCCGUGAAGGCAAUGAUUGCCAUCAUCUGCCUUGACAUCUUUGUCUUUGCGGCUACCUGGGGUCCCGCGGCCUGGGUAGUAGUCGGGGAAGCCUUCCCCCUGCCAAUUCGAUCUCGUGGAGUGGCUCUUUCCACAGCUUCUUGUUGGUUGUGGAACCUCGUCAUCGCAACCAUCACCCCAUACCUGGUCGGUACCGAUAGUUCGAGCGCUAACCUGGGCCCAAAGGUCUUCUUCAUCUGGGGUGCAUUCUGCGUUCUCUUGUUCCUUUUUGCGUACUUCCUUGUGCCGGAGAUGAAAGGACUCUCGCUUGAACAAGUCGAUCAAAUGCUUGAAGAAGUGACUCCGCGCAAGAGCGCAGGUUGGGUCCCUACGACUACCUUUGCGGCCGAAGUCGGGAUGGUGGAGAAAAAUGUCGUCCAGCACGAGGAAAUCGAAGAGCCACAUACCCCGCGCAGUACUUAA